CCGCCCUUGUUCAUAUUCAACUUUCUGCCACAUAACCCUUUAAUUCCUUAUUCAAAUAAUAAUCCGUUUUGAGCAAUCAUCCCAUUCUGUUGCACCUCCUCGCCUCCGCGCAUUGCGGCACCUCGCAAGAUCGUUGAGCCAGCAACCAGUACCCAAACCAUCUUCCGUCUUCGUCUCGGUCAGCAGCUACACCGGCGACGAUUGUCGAUUUCUUCUCCGCCCGCUCUUUCACCGUCGUUCGCCAACAACGUGCAGCUGCUCAGUUUGGUGUAAGUAUGUCAGGCACAGAGGAGGAGGUCAAAGAGCAAUCAGAUGAAGCUGCUUUGGAAAACACUGAAAAACCCAUGCCAUCACCCCAAGAGGAGGAGGAAACAAUGAAGAAAAAAUAUGGAGGAAUCAUGCCCAAGAAGCCACCAUUGAUUUCAAAGGACCAUGAACGGGCUUAUUUUGAUUCUGCUGAUUGGGCUCUUGGAAAGCAAGGUGUAGAGAAGCCCAAAGGUCCACUGGAGGCACUUCGGCCGAAGUUACAGCCAACACAACAGCAAACUCGAUACCGCAAAUCUCCUUAUGCCCCAGCAGAAGGUGAAGAUCGAAGCAAUGCCCCACCAGAGGAUUAACUCCAAAUGAAUGAGAAAGAAAUGCCAUCUUUUGAUCCCUGGAUGAUGCUGAUUUUAGUUAUAGUUACCAGUACUUGAGUAAUUUUCUUCACUUCUGUUUAAAUUUUUUUUAAGAAUAAGACAAAAAGUUAUUGUCCUUGUUGAGGGGAAAGUAGAAUCAUUUAAUGCAGGCUUUGAUUGUGAGAUUUUCCCGUCUUCCACCGAUGUAACAAUUCUGCUGAGUUAUAUGUAAUGCAAAACAAAGACUUAUAUAUUUUGAGAUAUAU